AUGAGCGCCUCGACGAGUGGGAAACCGGACAGCAAAAGAGACGAAACAAAGACGACAAAUCGAGUAAAUGAUACGAAUAAAGACGCGUCAUUGUUGCACAGACUUGCCGGGCCGAGUUCUAUGAAGGCAGGCCUCGCCCUCGACCAACUGGAGAUCAACAAGCGGAUCGCAGAGGCUAGCAAAGGCUCAAAAUACUACGAGAACGAGAGACGCAAGGACGAAGAGCUUGCCAGUAAGAUCAACGCGUUGCUCAAACAACGUGACGAAUUAAUGGCCAUGGCUGAUAUCCCCAGACUCGAGGCGGUCGCGGAUAAAGUCAUCGCCGAGCUCGAAGCGACCCGGGAUCUGAGCCAGUAUAUCGUUCACAUCGACAUGGACUCUUUCUACGCAUCUGUCGAGAUGCUCGACAAUCCUAGUCUGGUCGGAAAGGCGUUUGGAGUCGGUAGCCUAGGCGGUGUAUUGAGCACGGCUUCAUACGAAGCGAGAAAGCUCGGAGUACGUUCUGGUAUGGCAGGACAUAUUGCAAAGAAGCUCGCUCCAGAUCUCAUCUUUGUCACCAAUCACUUCAGUCGGUAUUCAGAAGUCUCUGGGCAAGUCAUGACUAUCCUUCGUCGCUACGACGAAACUAUGAAUCCCGUUGGGGUCGACGAGGCUUACCUCAAUAUCACCGACUAUUGCGAAGCGAACAAGAUUACUCCAGAGGAGUGCACUGAAAAUAUUCGAAAGGCGAUAUUUCAAGAGACGAAACUCACUGCAAGCGCUGGGAUUGCCCCAAACAAGCGAAAGAUGCUUGCAAAGAUCUGCUCAGAGCGCAACAAACCGAACGGAUUGUUCAAGCUUGAAUUCGAUGCCCAGGCGAUUCGCGAUUUUAUGAAGGGUCUCCCGAUUCGUCGAAUACCUGGGGUUGGAAGGGUGACCGAACGACUGCUCGAGUCGGUCGGAAUCAAGACUUGCGAAGAUAUAUACACACAACGAGCUACUCUCGUACUCAUGGACAAGCACUUUCAUAUGCAUGACAAGCUUGAGAUAUAUCUCGGUCUAGGCUCCAAUGUCGUCCGACCUUGGCCCCGCGAAGCCCGAAAGAGUGUUGGAUCAGAGCGCGACCCGGCACGCAUCAACGAAAAGCUCGAGCAAGUUGCAAAGGAGCUCGAAGAGGAUAUGGAACGACUCGGUUAUUCAGGUCACACUGUCACGCUCAAGCUCAAAUUGGAUACAUUCGAAGGCAACCGCGCAAAAUCAGUGCACAGACCCAUUCGCAAGUACAACGAGCUUCUCUCUGUUGGACAAGAGCUUUUAGCCCACGAGCUUCCUCUCAAGCUUCGUCUCCUCGGACUCAGAGUCACAAACUUGAAGGAUCUGCGAGCGCAAGAAUCAGGGAUCAAACGAUUCUUUGGUCAAACAGAUGACCCCAAUACGAGACCGCUCAAGAGGCGGAAGAUAUCCAACGACAAAGAAGUCAACACGACAGUGGUCGGGUCAAUCUUGAUAUCUGACGAUGAAGACGACGUAGACGCCGGUACUAGCCGUAAAGAUUUAAAACGGGCUGCUACAGCGACACCGGAACGUCCAAGGAGUCAGAUAUUACCAGACGCAGAUGUGGCUCCACGAGCAUCCUCGCAUGAGCCAAUGCCUUCCCAAGACACAUCACCGUUGCCAUCCAAAAGAGCAAAAACAAGACCCGACCAUUCUUCAACCAGCAGAAAGAAACCGGAUGAGCUACGGUCUGAGCAGCACAUCUGCCCUAUCUGCUCCAAGACGCUUCAGACCGAUAAUACAGGGCUAAACGAACACAUUGACUGGUGUCUCAGCCGUUCAGCAAUUCUGGAAGCGUCGGCUUCUGAAACUCUCAACGCCGGACAUGGAAAACCAGUAUCAACGCAAAAUAAAGCAAUUUCCAAAGCCGGUGGGUCAAAACCAAAGCCAAAAGCGACUCAGCACAGCAAACCGGACAUUCGCCUUGCUUGGAAGCAGCUCUAG